AUGGCCGCUGAACCUCCCCCAAAUGAACCUCCUCCAAAUUAUCGGUCUGAGGCCCACGAUAUUUACUUGGGGAAAAACCGCCGGCUUGCCGAUCCAGUCUUCUUCCCAGCCUCCAUGCGUUCGAAGCAUGAUAUGAAGACAAUAGAGGAGGAGCUUGCCCGUGAAAUGGAAUCGGAGCCCGAUGGACCUCGAGAGUUUACGAAAGAUGUCAUGGUCCUUUGGGGUUGGGGUAUAUGUACACGAUGGCCCCCAGGCGGCCCAGUUCCACGACUCGAAGACUACGAAAAGUCCAUGAAUGCAAUGACUGCUGACGUAUACAAGAAUUGGCAAGAAAUCCAGUCCUUGGUCAGAAACCAUGAGGAUGCCAUCCGCGACUGGAUCCUCCGCUUCUCUCUAGGUAUAGAGAAACAAGAGACCCGAGAUACCAACAUAUUGUAUGCUGGCAUACAACAAAGUUGGAAACGCACUGUCAAGACAUUCAACGACUGUGCCGACGACAUCAGGAUGUUUAUGAAGCCUGACUCUAUCGAAUCCGAUUUUGAGAUUGACGUCCCCAACUAUCCUGAGUAUGAGAAGACUCGAAGGCUCCCCUUUUCCUUCAUGUGCGAACACUUCUUGAUGGGGUAUCUACAUGGUCCAGAAGAUGGCCGAGAACACUAUGUUGCCCAUUAUUCCCAUCCUUACAACUUUUUCAACAACCUACCAGAUGAAGAGGAGCCUGGUAUGUGCGAAUGUGAGUGCCUGGGCGUUCAAUGCAAUGAUGAGGAGUCACGCGAGUUUUACAAGAAACAACGGAUCUUGUUCUUGGCCCCUCACAUAGCCUCGUGCGAGUUGCAAGAUCCUCAUAGUCUACUUUCCUUCAUCCACUAUCGAGGCCGGCUACAUCCUUCAGUGUUUGCAAAAAUGGACAACGAUAUGACCUUCAUUGGCAGACGAACUAAUCAUCUGACAGGCCCCUUGAUCCCAAACCGGAUGGUCAGCUUCGACGUCUCCGGAUCUGGUUCUGAAAAUCGGUAUCGUCCAAAAUUGUGGGAAGGGUGGGCUAGUCGUCCGAAUCCUGAAACCUUGGGUGAGAGCAAGGAAGAAUACGAUCGUCUUUGGCAUCAAGGCCAGUUGUUUGGAGCAUCCGAAGCUUGGAUCAUGCUCCAAAGUCAGCGAGCUAAUUAUCACUACCUUAGGCACCUUCUGGGGUUUAUCUGCCGCGAGGAAAAGCUCCCCGUCACGAAGCCCAAAUCGCCAGGAGAACAAGAACGCAUAUUUCGCAGCUCAAGAGCCUCAAUAGAAGUAAUCAAACAGAGGGCUUUGGCCAAUUGGUUCGAUUUUACCAAGCAGCAGGCAUUCCUCCCUCCGCCGACACAAAUUUCCCCAAGAUACUUGCAAGAUCUAGAAUUUAAGAUGGAAGUUGCCGAGAAGCAUAUCCAGGAGCUCUUCAGCGACCCAGGGUACUUCUUUGGCUGUAUCCAUACACUCAAAGAGCACCAUUGGGCAAAUAUCGAGAUACAGGGGGACGAGACAAAGGUCAAUGAACGUAGCCCUGCUUCCAUAUACGUGGAGAAAUACGUCGAGGAGGAUUACCGGCAUAUUCUCUAUUUUGAUCUCAUAAGGGGCGUGCUAAGGCGAUCAAUCUUCGAAUUCUACAUGUGGCACUCCAUCUACAUCCGCAUUCAGGAAUUCCAAGUCACGAUGAGAAAAUCGUUUGAAGACUAUGGCAAAGAAGACGAGUCUGAUACAGACGGAACCAAGAUGCUCCAGCGGCCUCCAAUUUUUCUCUCUGACAAGGCGAAACGUGAUCACCCCGUACUGGCAGAAAAAUACCUGUCUCUGGUUGUUUUACUGCGGUAUGAUGCCGUCUUUUUCAUCAACGAGUUCCGCAAGAAAGGUAUUCAUGCUGGCGAUCAUACAGGGUUUGAAGUGGCUACUGUCGAUCCACCCAAGGAGGGAACUCAAAGCCGCCAAAAUACCAUAGAUAAGAAGCACUAUAGAGCGCGGAGCCUGUAUUGUUGGCCGAAAUUCAGGAAUCAAUGGCUCCGCGUUGACGAAUACUCAGCAGAUGAGAUUCUUCGAAUGUUCUUCUUCAACAGCAUGGACAACUUCAUAUCGGAUGCUUUGAACUGCACAAACUGCGGCAUCACGGAAGCGGCAGGUUAUCUCCAAGCAAUGUCCCGGGCCCACGAUCCGGACAGCACAAAACAUAUCUUUACAGACUUGAUGGACGACACAAUCGACAAUCUCAACCUACUAUCCUCGCUUGCCGACCACCUGGAGUGUUUGUGGCCCGCCAUGGACAAAGUCGGCGGCGCAGCCGUGAGGGAGGACGUCCGCCGAGAGUAUUAUGACUUCGGCUGCAAAGAUAUCUCCAUCAACUUUUUCGAUUUUGACGACUUUGACUUUGAAAAGAAAAUGCCCGUGAAGCGCUUGAAAAGACUCUUCCUCUUCUUCGAUGAACUGCAGGGCUUCAAAGAUGAAUUAAUCUCUAUGGGUCAUGCCAGAGGCGAUCUGAAGAGGUUUGGGGCCUCGCUGCUCUGUAAGUUUAUAUACCCCCUGAACGACGAAGGGGAGGACUUCAAGGCCAAUCAAGAAGCAAUCUCCAGACUCGAAAAGGCAAUGGGUGUAUCUGGAUCCGAUUACAUUUUCAGCGUAAAAGAAACGCCCAUUAACCUAGAUGAAGAGAAUGCAAGCAAUGGAGCAAAAGUCCAGCUCGUGGGUCAGCCGUCAAGCUAUCGCAACGUCGCGGCUCGUGAGAGGGAGCGCCAACAGCAAAGAGAUGCCUUCAACGAAGCGUUACGAGCGAACAGGGAUACCAUGGCGGAGAUGUGCAGGUUCAAUCCGCGAUGGGCGACGUCACUUCAUUCUGCUCUCGAACAAUUCCAGAUCCCGCCUGCUCUGCCAAUCCCCAAUGCUCCCGACGGCCAGCCCAAAGGCAUCAUUAAGAAGCGCGACUGGGCCACUCUAGAAGCAACCUAUAACAUUCACGGCAGCGCAAAUGCGGCCGUUUCCUACGCUCAACUCAAGCUUGCGAUGGUGGCAAUGGGGUAUAAAGAAGAUCCCAGCGGGGGGAGUCACAUGAGAUUCGUCAGACUGAACGGUAGGUGGCCGCAUGAUGUGCUGCCAAAGGGUGAGAACGUUAUUAUUGCGCGAACACACGGAGGGGAGCAUGCUGCAGCGGCCAAGGGGAAAGCGAUGGACUGGGGAAGGAGAUUCUGUGAGAGAGGAUUGACAUUUGACUUUAUUCAACAGUGGUACGUGAAGGGAUGA